CAUGCUUGGCUCCUCGGCCCCUACGGGGGCCAUGGCCGCCGGAUCCAAACGUGUGCCUGUUUCCAGGAGACGCCCACGGGGUUCUAGGGCUCUUCGGGGCUCCCGGAAUCCCUCCCCACAUUCUAAGGUUCCGAGGCUUGUACCACACCUGUGCUGGAGGGCCUUACCCAGCUGCAGGACUGGGGAGGGCGAGGGAGGUCUCGAAUCUCCUGCCCCAAGUCUCAGAGCAGAGGGGCGAGAGACACAGACCAGACAGGCUGUGGGUGCGGCAGAGGGGCCGGAGAGGAGGGGCCAGAGUGGAGGACACCUGUGGGACGAGAGUGGGUGCAGACUCAUGGUCAUCACACCUCAUCGGGAUGGAGCCACAGGGCAGAGGAAGCUCCCCCACACCAGCCCCUAACCCUGAUGAAGCGCGUCCCAGCCAGAAGAGUGGGCUCUUGGCCCUGCUGGGCUAACGUACUUGACCCCGCAGCCGUGCAGAGGCUCCUGAACUGGGGGCUGCCGGCCCCCUGUGGCCGACUCCUGCAGCGCCAGCCCGGAGAGUUUCCGGUCUCUGCUUUCCUGCUGGGGGCAGGCACUGGAGGGCUCCUGGCCAUGGGUGAGUGUGGGGCCCCCCGGGGCAGGGGUGGGACCCAUCUUCUGACCUUCGACUUGACCCGUGCACUCGUAGGUCUCUUUCAGCUCCUGGUGAACCCCAUGAACAUCUAUGAGGAUCAGAAGGUGGUGACAUUGUACAGCCUGGUGGGCUUGGGGGCCGUGGGCUGGGGGACCUCCCCUCACAUCCGCUGUGCCAGCCUCCUGCUGGUACCCAAGAUGCUGGGCAAAGAGGGCAGGCUCUUUGUGCUGGGGUACGCCUUGGCUGCCAUCUAUGAGGGACCCGCGGCCAAUCUGCGGCACAAUCUCAACGAGGUGGUGGCCUCGCUGGGCUGCACGGUGGAACUGCAGAUCAACAACACAAGAGCGGCCUGGCGCGUCUCCACCGCCCCACUGCGCGCGGUGUUCAAGGGCCUGCUGGGCAGCAAAGUUUCACUGAAAGCCGAGACUCAGAACCUGUCCAAGGCCUUCGAGGACCUGGAUGCCCAGGUGAACAGCGAGAUGGGCUACAGCCCCGAGGACGCCGAGAGCCCAGAGGGGACGGCCCGGGGCGUGGGGACCCACCGAGCCCCACCUUCCGGGCGCCGUCUCUCCACACAGAAGAUGUACGAGCUGAAAACCAGGCUGCGCUGUUCCUACGUGGUGGACCGGGCCAUGCUCAGCUGCCGCCGCUGGUUCGACCGAAAGCACGAGCGGUGCAUGGAGCGCAUCCGGGUCCCGCUCCUCAACCACCUGCUCUGCCUGCCCAUGAAGUUCAAGUUCUUCUGCAGUAUCGCCAGGGCGAUGGAAGUUUGGUGCCGCAGUCGCAUCCCAGUGGAGGGCAACUUCGGGCAGACCUAUGAUUCCCUCAACCAGUCUGUCCGCGACCUGGAAGGGGAAUUUUCAGCCACUAUUGACCUCAAGGAAGAGAAGCAGGUGGCGGUGCUGGGCCUCAACACGAGCUGGGAGCACGUGAGCGCCGAGCUGCGGGACCUCGUCGGCCGCCAGGAGGCCCAGCUGGGGUGGACCCUGGGGCUGCUGCUUGUGCUGCUGUCCUGCACCUUCCUGCUCGUCCUGCACGCGUCCUUCUCCUACGUGGACAGCUAUAACGGGGACAUCCGCUUCGACAACAUCUACAUCAGCACCUACUUUUGCCAGAUCGACGAACGCAGGAAGCAAUUGGGCAAGCGGACUUUGCUGCCGCUCCGCAGAGCUGAGGAGAAAACCGUCAUCUUCCCCUGCAGCCCCUUCAUGCAGGCCUCGGAGAUGAGAAACGUGGUGAGGGAGCUCGCAGAGACCCUGCCCGUCCUGCUGCUGCUGCUGGUGCUGUGCGGCCUGGACUGGGCUCUCUACUCCGCCUUCAACACCAUCCGCCAUCACUCCUUCCUGCAGUACUCUUUCCGCAGCAGCCAUAAAUUGGAGGUGAAAGUCGGGGGGGACUCCAUGCUGGCCCGGCUUCUUCGGAAAACCAUUGGAGCCCUGAACACGUCCUCAGAGACCACGGUGGACUCCAGCAACAUGCGCUGCCUGCCGCAGCCCGUGAGCCUGAACCCCAGGGCCUACGUGAGGGCCGCGCUCCCCGUGGGCCUGCUGCUGUGUCUGUGCCUUCUGCAAGCCUUCGGCUACCGGCUCCGGAGAGUCAUCGCGGCCUUCUACUUCCCCAAGCGAGAGAAGAAGCGGGUCCUGUUCCUCUACAAUGACCUGCUGAGGAAGAGGGCGGCCUUUACGAAGCUGAGAAGGGCUGCCAUCGUGAGCCGGGCGCAGCGGCAGAGGGCUCCCCGCCACCGCCUGGCCGACGUCCUGCACCGCCGCUGCCCGCUCCUGCGCCUCUGGCUGCGCCGGCGCUGCGUGGUGUGCCAGGCUCCCGAGACGCCCGAGGCCUACGUGUGCCCGACGCCGGACUGCGCGGCCGUGUACUGCCGGUCGUGCUGGGACGACAUGCGGCGGCGGUGCCCGGCCUGCACCCCGCGCGAGGAACUCUCUUCCUCCGCCUACAGCGACAGCAACGACGACGCCACCUACGCCGAGUGACGGGGUGCCUGUCGCUGUCCCCCCCCUCCCCAACCCGCUCCUCCUUGGUUAAUAAAAGCCCCUGCACUCCCGA